AUGUUUCCCUGCUCAAGAUUUCGAGCAUUGUGCCAUAUAUCUGUAACAGUUCCAAGUGUGUCGAGUGCCCGUUUUUCAAAAGAAACAUCUAAAAAAUUGACGGAACAAAGAAAAAAUGAGCUAGAGGCGGUUGAUGGAAAAUCUAAAGUGCUUCAAAAGAAAAAACGUUCAAUUUUUGGGACGAGCACCGUGCCAGUCAAUACGAAUUUUCCGAAUCCGAAAGGAGUUCCAGGCUACGAUCCAGAAUUUUCCGUUAAAGAAUUAAUAGCUGAGAUUCCAAAUACAGCGAGGAAGCAGUCAAAGCUUCUUGCAUCAGAAGCUUCCGAUGUAAUUAAUGAAAUGUCGGUAGAAAAAACCGAAAUGCUUGAAGACAUGGGAUUUCUACGACAUAACGAAGCUCGAAUAGAAUAUAAAUUUAAUACCAAAGAGAAACUUGAUUUAUGGCACACAGGAUGUGACAGUGACUGGAACGAAGGUUUUUCGACGUGCUCGCUUCAGAAAACAGAAUAUGGGACAGCGUUGUUUAGCGGAACUAUUUCGACUAGCAUAGUUAAAGAUGGAAGGGUAGAACGAGCUGGAUGGGCUUCAAUGAAGCUUGAGGACCGAAAAUCGCUAAAUCGCAAAAAAUUCCUCUCAAAAUGGCGUAAUUUUUCGCAUCUUUUUCUAAAAAUUCGCGGAGACGGAAGAAGCUAUAAGAUCAUGCUUCAUUCACCUUUAUCGAUGGAUUUUACUUGGGGAGACUCUUUUUCAUAUCCAUUGCACACACAUGGCGGUCCGUAUUGGCACUCCCUUGGAAUUGUUCUCAUGGAUCGAAUUGACGGACCUUUCCGACUUGAAAUCGAUUACAUCGGAGUGUACAACGACACUACACAUUUCGAGGACUUUGCUUAUGAGACAUAUACUCUUCCAUUAUUCAACACACACGGUUUUUAA